AAGGAUCUGUCUGUUUUUCCAUAAAAAUGAUGAAAAGACACUAAAAUAAUUAAUGGUGAGAAAUUAAAAACUUAAUUAUAAAUUUGGUUCGGGAGAUGCGUCAGAGCUAGGGUUAGAGAUUCAGCCAUUUGUUUGUCUUUAUAGAUACGAAAGCAAAACAUUUUGGGGCCGAAACAAUUCGAUCCUGCGGGUCCCGAGCUUUUCUUAUUUUGUUUUUUUUUUCUCUUCUGUCCGGUGAUCUUCGAGAGAGGGCGCGCGAGCGAAGCGGGGAAAUAGAAUUAGGGCACGGUCGGGGGUAGGGAAGUGCUCUUGGGCUUCGAAGCCUCUACCGAAAGGAGGGAGGUGAUACGACGCGAGUAAGAAGAAGUCGAAGAAAUCGAAGAGAUGUCGGUCCUCGUCGUGACGAGCCUGGGAGACAUCGUGGUGGAUCUCCACACCGAUCGCUGCCCCCUCACCACUAAGAACUUCCUCAAGCUCUGCAAGAUGAAGUAUUACAAUGGAUGCCUGUUUCACAAGGUGGAGAAGGACUUCUUGGCACAGACUGGAGACCGCACGGGGACUGGGACCGGAGGUGAUUCAGUGUACAAAUUUCUGUAUGGUGAGCAGGCACGCUUUUUUGAGGAUGAAAUCCAUCCAGAUCUGAAACAUUCUAAAACUGGAACUGUAGCUAUGGCUAGUGCUGGAGAGAAUCUUAAUGCUUCCCAGUUUUACUUCACACUACGUGAUGACCUUGACUAUCUUGAUGAAAAACACACAGUAUUUGGUAUUGUUGAAGAAAAAGAAGGCUUGGACACAUUGGCAAAGAUAAAUGAAGCAUAUGUUGAUGAUCAAGGCAGACCAUUUAAAGACAUUAGGAUCAAACAUACAUAUAUUUUGGAUGAUCCUUUUGAUGAUCCACGUCAGCUGGCAGAAUUUAUUCCUGAGAAAUCUCCGGAGGGAAAACCACAUGAUGAGAUAGCUGAGGAGCGGUUGGAGGAUAACUGGGUUCCCUUGGAUGAUACAUUAGCCCCUGAAGAGCUCGAGGAGGCGAUUCGUUCUAAAGAGUCACAUACAAAUGCAGCUAUUCUUGAAAGUAUAGGAGACAUUCCAGAUGCUGAUAUAAGGCCACCAGAUAAUGUGCUAUUUGUUUGUAAACUUAACCCAGUUACACAAGAUGAAGAUUUGUACACGAUCUUUUCACGUUUUGGAAAUGUUACAUCAGCUGAGAUAAUUCGUGAUUAUAAGACAGGAGAUAGCUUAUGCUAUGCUUUCAUUGAAUUUGAGGCAAAAGAGGCAUGUGAGCGAGCCUAUUUCAAGAUGGACAAUACUUUAAUUGAUGAUCGAAGGAUACAUGUGGAUUUCAGUCAAAGUGUUUCUAAAUUAUGGAGCCAAUAUAGGCAUAGUAAAAGGAGUCAUACAAAUAAAGAUGGCUGCUUCAAAUGUGGUGCUCCUGAUCACUUUGCCCAGGAUUGUGAUCAAGAAGCUGAUGAUAGACAAAGAGGUACAAAGUAUGUGCUGAAAGAUGAUAACAUGCAGCGUGGUGGAGAUAAUCAUCAAAGGUAUGACAUGUUGUUUGAUGAAGAUAAUAUGGAUAGUGAACACAGAGGGCAAGAACGAACGAAGAAACGAAAGCCAGACCAUCAUAAUUAUGAGCAUUCUACAGGAAGAGGUUAUGAUAAGAAAGGCUCAGAGAGACAGAGGCAUGAUGAGAAUGGAAGUAGACGUAUUAGAGAAUAUGAGAGGAAUCAAGGAAGUAAGAGGCAUUAUGAGCAUCUAAGAUAUGAAGAUAAAGAGCAUCGUAGGCGGCACGAUAGUAGUAGGCAUUGUGAUGAUGGAGAUAACAGAAAUUCUGGCAGUGGACGGCAUGAACAUGAUAGAUCAGAUGGUGAUUGGCACAGGAAGGAUGAGAGAGAGCAUCAGAAGAGAAGCAAAGACAGUGACAAACAUAGGAAAGAUGACAGAUACUAUGAUAGGAAAAGUAGGGACCAGGACUAUGAGUCGUACAAGGAAAGAAGACAGAGAGAUGAAAGAAGAAAAUGAGGGAAAAGGCUCAUUUAAGCUGCUCUUGUUUUGAGUUUGGAUUAGUCUUCUGUCAUCUUUUCAGCAAUAUGGUGUAAUGCUGUGUGAAGUUAGGACCUGAAGCAAAAAAAUUUUGCUAGUGUUCUAUGAUAGAAAACAUAUGUGAAUACUACAAGACCUAAUAUUUGCAAGUUUAAGUAGCUUGAUCUUUUUCUUUA